CGAGCGGCUGACCGGAGCUUGGACUCGGCGCGGCGCCCGCCUGCGGGAGGAGACGCGGCCGUUUGACGCAGGGCAGCGGCUCUGGCCAGGCAGCGGGGGCGGACGUCUGCAGGCGCUCUGUGCCAGAUGCUGGUGGAGCUGAAGAACGGCGAGACCUACAACGGGCACUUGGUGAGCUGCGACAACUGGAUGAACAUCAACCUCCGCGAAGUCAUCUGCACGUCCCGGGAUGGGGACAAGUUCUGGAGGAUGCCAGAGUGCUACAUUCGCGGCAGCACCAUCAAGUAUCUGCGCAUCCCGGACGAGAUCAUCGACAUGGUGAAGGAGGAGGUGGUGUCCAAGGGCAGGGGCCGCGGCGGGUUGCAGCAGCAGAAGCAGCAGAAGGGCCGUGGAGCCGGAGGCACCGGGCGAGGUGUGUUCGGAGGCCGCGGCCGAGGGAUUCCAGGCAGCGGCCGAGGGCAGCAGGAAAAGAAGCCAGGCAGGCAGUCUGCAAAGCAGUGAGCAGCUGCUUGUACCCUGCCCAGGGACAGUGCUGGGAGCCUGGCUGGUUUGUCAUCGCAGGGCUGCCAAGUGUUCAGAGGUGUUGGAUCCUUAGCCUGCCGUUAGUCAGCUGAACGGCACCCGAAUCGCAGCGCAUUGCAUCGCGUGAGCCCCUUCAACCCUAGUCUGCUGGAAGACCUAGGUUCAUUUGUCCUUUUUUUUUUUUUUUUUUUAGUCG